AUGCGCAAUAGUAUAAUAACCCAACUUGAAUUCAAAGAUGGAAUCUACCAAGGAUAAACAUUACAAUCCAGAUAUAAACAAGGGAUCGGAGUUUAUUUAUGGGAGAAUGGAUCUGCCUAUUUUGGUGAAUGGAAAUCAGAUUAAAUAGAUGGCAAUGGAAUACUCUUCCUGCCUCCCAAAACUACCAUCUAAGGAUAAUUUAACUCUGCAAAAUUACACGGAAAUUGUCUCAUUUAAACAAGACAAGCAAAGUAUUAUGGCAAAUGGCUCAACGGUUUACCCAAUGGAAACAUGACUGCCCAUUUCAAGUAAGGAGAAGUUACAAUUGCAUUUCAAGAUGGCAAACCAACUCGAGGUCUUAGUCAGAGAGAAUAAUCAUGCGAAAUUCCAAACUUAAAGAGUGUCUAAUGUUACAAUAGUUCUGCUCUACAAACUAUUGAUUGGCUAGAGGGAACAUUCUAUGGCGUAACAGGAAAGAAUGCAGCAAAUAAGGUUGCACCUAAUGGCCUAGGAGUAUUUGUACCUAAAAAUGGAUUAUUUCAAUGUGGACAAUUUAAAGAUGGAGCCCUGAAUGGCCUAGGCAGAUUGCAGCAACCAUCUGGGGAAGUCUAUUAAGGUUUCUUUGAAAAUGGUAAGUAUCAUGGCAGAGGCAUUUAUUUAUUUAAGGAGGAUGAAUUAUAAUGGGCUAAAGGACUGUGGAGAUUUGGAGAAUUGAUUGAAAUUUUUCAAAAUGGAUUAGUUAAAAACUGCGCUGCACCCAAAGAUUUAAUGUUUCCAUAUAGUGAUCACAAAAAUCCCAUCUAAAUUAGACAACCUAUAACUCUGAACAAUGUUAAGGAGAUUGAAGACUUAUUUGAAAUCCAAUUUUAAAGAUAGGAACCUAUCUAAAAAUAAACUAAUGCCUCUCCAAGUCCUGAACAAAAGAGCAAGCUCUCAAAUUAUAAGUAUUUUCAAAAUUCUACCACGAAUUCUUAUAAGAGAAUCUCAGAAGCCCUGCAUGGAAGUAAAUACCAUUCAUCUCCCGAAAGGAACAGCAUAUAGUUAAUAAAUUAUUAUAAAGGAUAAUUGAAGGAUCUAAAUUAAAAUGACCAAUCUUAACAUAAUAAAUCUAAUAAACCUCAAUAAAAAGCAAGAAAGUCUCAUUCUAAUUCAUAGUAAUAUCUAAUCUAAAGCUCAAGGAAGAAAGAGUCAGUCAAUAAUAAAUCUUCAAGUAAAUUAAGUCAAUCAGCAUAUGUGGAGGAAAUUAAAAAGCUUCAAACUCAAUUCAUAAAACCUUUUGAUUAGAAUAAAAGUGUAUAGUCCUAAUAAAGCCAAAUUUAUUAAGCAAUAUUGGAUAGUGAAGAACAUUAUAGUUAAAGGAGCGAUUAGUUUUAAGAAAAAUAACCUUCCUCAUCAAAAGAUCAUAUUGAAUAAAUUAUUAGAAAAUCUAAACAAUACAAAAAAGAACAAUCAGUUGAGUAAUCGAGAAAAUCAUUAUUGGAUUAAUCUAGAUAAUCUAAUCAAUCCAAAUAAGUCAAGAGUCCUAAACAUCUAUAACAAUCAAAGUGUAAAUCCUCUGAAGGUUCCAAAAAAUUACAACAGCAACAUCAACUUGAAGAUUAAAAUUAAUCAAAAAGCUAAAGAAAUAAAUUUCAAAAUGAGGGGAAUUAACAAACUGAAUAGCUUCCUUUGGAUACAUCUUAAUAAUCAUAAUAAUUAUGGGAAUCAAGAUAGAUUAAGGAAUUUUCAUAACCAAGAGAUUCAAAAAGAUCUAAGCAAUCAUCAUAACCAGCGUCUUAAAGAAUAUCAAUUAAAUCCAUAAACUAAGUUGCUUCUCAAUAAAUAACUCCACAAUAAUCACAUAGAGAAUAAUAAGAUUAAAAUAAGUAGUUGCAAUUAUAAUAAUAGUAAAUUUAAGAGACAGAACAAUUGUCAUAAAUUUAAUAAGUUUAAUAAUAGAAUUAAACUUAAUAGUAGAUGAAAUAAUAAUAUGAUAAUGAUCACAACAAAAAAAUAAGUUUUUGCCAAUAAGACUUCGCUUAAGAUAUGAGAAACACCGCUGUUUUUAAUUAAGCUGAAUCUAAUUAAUCUAGUUAAAUGAAAUUUCACAAACAUAAAAGAAGCUAAUCAUAAACUGACUUUGAUAAGUUUGAGAUUAAUGAUGAGCCUCAAAUGAGGUUGAUCAAAUAAUACUAACAACAUAUGCAAUAAUUAAUAGAACAAUAACAAAGAGAACUAGAAUUGCUGAAAACAUAGCAACAACAAUUAGAGGAUGAAAAUUAAAUAUCUUCAAGUAAGCCAGGAUUUAAAACAAAUGUUUCAAUGGAUUCCUCGGAGAGUUACCCUUACUAAUAGUCAGAAAGCUUCUAAUAAGAAUUUAUUAAAUCGGUGAGUGAUGUAUUAAAGAGUGAAUUAAAAAAGAAAUAAGAGGAUUCAAUUAUAGCUGAUAAUAAUAAUAAUUCUCCUCAUUUCGAAUAAUCCUAAAUAGCAAAUAAUCAGUAGUAGUCUAUGUUAUUUAAUGAUAUUUAAAGUUUAGAUAAUGUGAAUGUAGACAAUGUGAAUGUAAAUGAUAGACUUCAUAACAGAAGAUCAAGUUAACAACAAGAAGAUGGCAAAAAAUCAAGAAGUGAUUCAAUGAACAUUAAAAAAUAACCAGUUUCUCACAGUGAAUUAGAUGAUUUAUAAAUUGAUAAAUUAUAGGAUGCUUAAUCAAGACAAUCACGUAGAUCAGGAUAUUCUGGAGAAAAUAAAUAACAAAGAUCACAAUCACACCAAUCUAGCUAGCAAAACUAUCCAAAUUAACAUCACUCAUUUAAUUAAUAUUAAUCACAAGAAUAAUUUUAUUCAUAAAAAUAACCAUUAAUCAUUUAAGAAAAGAUAGAGCAGUAAGGUCAGUCUUAACAAACUAAAAUUGAAUUAAUUAAUUCUUAUAAAAAAUAGGAUCAUUUGUCAUUCGAAGACAAUAAAUAAGAUUAAUCCUUAUGUUCAUAAUAAAUGUCUAUUAUUUCUAACCAGUUUCCAUAAGAAUAGAAUAAUCUGAAGAAAAUAAAUUAAGAGGACUCUAUUGUAAAACAGAAUUAACUGAAUUAAUAGGAUAAUAAUAUUCUAAAAUAGAAAUAAUAAAAUACAGUACAGAAAAAAAGGCAAGAUAAAGUGCAAAGUAGGAAUGAAGAAUCCAUUGAAGAAUUGAUGAAAAAAUAAUCUCAGAAAUAGAUUUCAUAGACUUAAUUAAAGUUUGUAGCUUGUCCUUCAUAACAUUCCUUACCAGGUUAAAUUAGUUUCUCUGAUAAAUAAUUUCAAAUAAAGCCAGAUUAAAUGAGUGAAAAUAUUUAAGUGACCAUUGUUGACGAUUAAUCAGAUACCUAAUAAAAUAUAUAGGAAAUUAAAUUAUAGUUGGCAGCUCAAAAAGAGAUACUAUCAUAAUUAUAUCAUUCUAUAUAAGAAUCAAGAUAAAUGAAGGUUUCUCGGUUUGAUUCUGAUAAAAGAACAAGCGAAUAAAGAACUGUAAAAAGAGGGAUGGCAAAUGGAUUUGUUGAUCCAUGUAGUAGUCCCAUAAAGAAAGUAAUAAUUACAAAAGGAGCAUAUCCUGCUUUUACUAUUAUAAAAUCCUUAUCCCCAAUAAGGCUUUGA